AUGCAUCUCAAAAUUGCCUUGCUAUGUCCUUUUUUCCUAUCGGCAUUAGCGACACCCGUCCCUGAUGUCUCUUUAGCGACACGCGAAGCCUCGACUUUUGUUUCCAGGCUGGAGAAUACUCUGAAAGGACUCGGUGCAUUGACCAAAGGCGUGCUCCAAGAAGUUGACCUGCUCGUCGGCGCCUUGCAAGAUGUCGCAGAAGGCAAAAUUGACCCUGUCACCACCCUCGAAGACGCCCUGGGCUCUCUAUCGGACGUUCGCAACGCUAGCGAAGCAGGUGUCGUCGGUGUCGCUGUCGACCUCGUCACAAAGGGUCUUGCCCCGAAGAAUAUCAUCGACCUACUCGAAGGGUUGAGCGAUAACGAAAUCAAUUCAGUGAACAACACGAAUCCCAGAAAUCCCCAGACCUCCAUCUUCCCCAAAAGCUCCUCCGACGCACCUUACAGUCAACGCGAGGAAGAUCUGCGCUCGGCAAUUUACAUUCCCGACGACUUUCAGUACGGCGCCAACGGCAAGCGCCCCGUGCUUCUCGUCCCUGGUACCGCCGGUUCCGCUGGUAGCUCGUAUUACUUCAACUUCGAGAAAUUGCUCCGGGAAACCGACUUUGCGGACCCCAUUUGGGUCAAUGUUCCCGACUACUCGCUUGGCGAUAUCCAGGUAAACUCGGAGUACAUUGCAUACGCGAUCAAUUACGUUGCUGCAGUAUCCAAUACCACGAUUGGAGUCGUUGCCGCAUCUCAAGGAAACGUUGGCGUUCAAUGGGCCCUGAAAUACUGGCCUUCGUCACGGGAAUCCGUGGAAGAUUUCAUGGCGAUCAGCGCUGACUUCCAUGGAUCGUACUUGAUAGAGGCGUGCCUGAUACCGAACUCUUUCUGCACGCCUGCUGUUUUGCAACAGGCUUAUGAUUCGGAGUUUAUCAAGACUCUUCGCUCGGACGGUGGUGAUUCCGCCUAUGUUCCUACCACAAGUGUCUACUCUGGUCCUGAUGAAGUCGUUACACCACAGACGGAUCCUGAUGCGUCCGGUGAGCUGAGUGAUGCUCAUGGUGUUGGGAGUACGAAUACUCAAAUUCAGCUAGCUUGUCCUGGGUUGCCGGCUGGUGGCUUUUAUUUCCAUGGUAGUCUCAUUGUGAACCCGAUUACUUGGGCACUGUUUGUUGACGCCAUCACUCAUGAGGGACCGGCGGAUUUGUCGAGAAUUGACCUUGAUUCUAUUUGUGCUCGGUUGAUUACGCACGGCCUGGGUUUGACUGAUAUGCUGGGUUCUGAGCUCGCGGUCGACCUUGAAAGUGUUGUUGAUCAGCUUGAGUAUGGGUAUAUGGGGCCUAGUGUGGAACCGGCUAUCAAGGACUAUGCUCAGUCUUCUUCAUAG